AAGGCAUUUAGUCAUCGAUCUAUUAUGAUUCCUCGAUACAAAGUAUUCUGGCAUAUGAAGACAAUUCGACAUAAUGAAUUCUGAAGAAGGAUGCUGCGGACUCAGAACGCCGUGGGGAAAUAAUUGAAGUGAACCAGCGGAAAGAAUCGAAUGGCUUCUGUAGAGCUGCUUUAUAUAGAUAAGGGAGGAAGAGGCAGACAACCCGAUCCUCCCUGCGUCCUUGACUGGGCUUCCAAUCCGGUUCAUGUUCGUAAAGCGAGCAGUUCAGCCGGAGGGGCGCUCUCUAUCUCAGCUCCGGGCUGCAAAGGACUGUGUAAUUCAGCACCAAGGACGGUUCCCCUUAACGGAGGUCCGCAUUUUAAACACGGUCACCCUGCGGUGGAGAAGGUCAGAGUGUGCUGCGACGAGGAAUCAGAGACAUCUUUCACCUAUGUCGACGAGAAUGUGAAUUUGCGCCUGGCAAGCCCUGGGAAAAGUGGGGAAAGUAUCCACAAAUCCUGGUGUAGGCCUAAUGACUGUGCGAGCGACAUUCGGCCCGAGGGGUUGCAUGAGCUCUCCCUAAUGUCAGAUGACGAUCUCGCAUCAGAAAGUUCGGGGGCAUCUGUAGAUUACGGUUUUAUAAGCGCGGUCACUUUCCUAGUCACUGGGAUCUCGUUAGUGAUUAUAUCCUAUGCAGUCCCUCGCGAGGUCAAAGUGGACCCGGAGAGCGUGUCCGCGAGGGAGAUGGAGAGGCUGGAAAUCGAAAGUGCCAGGGUAGGGGCACACCUGGAUAGGUGCGUGAUAGCAGGGCUUUGUCUACUGACGCUGGGCGGGGUAGUGCUGUCCACUCUGCUAAUGAUAUCUAUGUGGCAGGGAGAGAUGUACAGGAGAAAAGCCUUUGCAUAUUCCAAGCACUCAGCGAAACUAUAUGGCUCCAUCAUUUUAAAAACGAGGUCUAGCCCUAGUCGGUCGUCCGCACACCUGUCUAUGAAGGAAGAGAUAGAUGAGACCUUGAAUUAAAAUGAUAUCCAGUUGACAAAAUACUUUGUCUUGUGUUACUAAGCCAGGGCAACACAAUGAUGCAUGGUGUAGGUACUCCAGACCCAAAGCGUGCAACCUGAACACAUCAGUCGGUCUACCUACAGUCACAUUAGCAUAACUGUUCAAAUAUGAAUUUGUUUUAAUAUCCAAGAUUAUGAAGUAUACAUUGUCUUAAAGUAUCAUCUCCAUAUAAUUUAAUGGAAGUGCAAGGCAUAGGCCUAUUUAACCAGGUAAGCAAAUUGCCAAAAUGAUACAGAAUAAAUAAGCAUGAC